GAUACAUGAGGAGAAGGUCCUAGAACUCACCCACAAGAUGAUGGAGCUGCUGACUGGAGAGGUUCCUGUAAGGUGUCAGGAUGUGGCGGUGUAUUUCUCCAUGGAGGAGUGGGAGUAUAUAGAAGGACAGGAGGAUCUGUACGAGGAGGCCAUGAUGGAGGAGCCCCGGCCUCUGACAUCUCCAGAUGGAUCCAGGAGAAGAAAUCCCCCUGAGAGAUGUCUCCGUCCUCUGUAUUCCCAGGACUGUCCAGAGGAGAAGCCCCCAGAGAACCAUCAGGAUGAAAAUCUGAUGGAUAUUAAGGUUGAGGUUAUUGAUGAAGCAGAAGAGGAGACAGAUUUAUGGGGCGAUCAGCAGGAUGGACUUGUAGAAAGAAAUCCCCCCGAGAGAUACUAA